AUGUCAGCAAUUGCAUCUGGAGUCGACAAAAAGAACAAGUCUUCGGCAAUUGCCUCAGAUUAUGAAUCAGAUUCGGAACUCAUCAUUAACAAAGAUGGAGCACUGGCCCCACAUCCUAUAAGAAGAUCAUCUUCACUUUUCUCAUUGUCUUCAGCCAAAGAUGAGCUCCCCAGACCAGACCCAAAGGAAUAUACUGCAUUCAUAGCCGAUAAUAGACAUUUCUCGAUGAUCAGAAACCUCCACAUGGCUGAUUUCAUCACCUUGUUGAAUGGGUUCAGUGGCUUUUAUUCCAUUGUUUCUUGUCUUAGGUACACAUUAACUGGGCAGACCCAUUACGUGCAAAGAGCACAUUUUUUCAUCUUGUUAGGAUUAUUUUUCGAUUUUUUCGAUGGUAGGGUUGCAAGAUUGAGAAAUAAAUCCUCCUUAAUGGGACAAGAAUUGGACUCCUUGGCUGAUUUGAUCUCCUUCGGUGUGUCUCCUGCAUGCAUUGCGUUUGCAAUUGGUUUCCAGUCCACCAUUGAUGUGUUGGUGUUGACCUUUUGGGUUUUAUGUGGUUUGACCAGAUUGGCCAGAUUCAACAUUUCGGCCACCAAAAUCCCCAAGGACGAGCACGGGAAGUCUCAGUACUUUGAAGGUUUGCCAAUUCCAUCCAACUUGAUAUGGGUUGGAUUUAUGGCAUUUUUGGUUAAUAGAGGGUACAUCUUGGACAAUUUGCCCGGUGGGAAAUUGCUUGAGGGUACAUUUUUGGAAUUCCACGUCGUAGCUAUCGGAUUUGCACUCCAAGGUUGUGCUGAAAUUUCCAAGUCCUUACAUAUUCCAAAGCCAUAA